CACCCACCAAUUUUGUUGCUGCAGUAGUUGGUCCUUCUGAGCUCAAGUACAGCCAUCAGCAGCAACAGCAGCAGCAGCAGCCAUCAGAGGCCUUUACCAAAAAAAUCUUCAGCCUGUUUUUGGCAUUACUGCACCAACUAUAGUCCGAGCCAUGGCGAAAGAGACACUUGCCAUAGCCGUCGAUUUCGGCACGACAUAUUCAGGUGUAUCCUACCGCCCCAUCGGCGACAACACGGAUCCGGAGCCUACGCAGCUAGGGCGAUGGCCGGGGCAGCCUGCCAUCCGGCAGAGCUUCAAAGUGCCCACGAUGGUAGCGUAUCCGACGGGCAUGAACGCGCACUCGCCCGUUCUCUGGGGCUACCAGGCGGAGCGGCCGCCCACCGACGCGUACACGCAGGUCCGCGCCUUCAAGCCGUUUCUCAGUCCUGAUACCCCGCAGGAGUUCGAGGGCGCUCCCGGAAAGACGUUGUUCGAUGCCGUGCGGGAUUUCUUGCAGGGUGUGUAUGAUCACCUCGUGCGGGAACUCCGCGGUCAGGGUCUCUCCGCUACUCUCUACGACUACCUUGUGUUGUUUACCGUCCCCGCCACGUUCAAUAAUGCCACCGUGGAGGCCUUCAAGAGGAUCGUUAAGGCGACGGGAUGGGGCGAUCAUAGUAUUCAGGUCGAGCUUACGGAGCCGGAGGCGGCUGCUCUGCAUACGCUGCGGACUCAGCGGGUGCUGCUGAACCAACUUGGAAUGGGGACGGGGAGGUGUUUCGUUAUCUGCGAUGCUGGAGGCGGCACGGUGGAUUUGGCCUCGUACUCGAUCAGUGAGAUGAUUCCCAGCAUUCGGCUUGCGCAGACGGGUGUUGUUACUGGUGGUGUUUGCGGUUCAAUCCUGAUUGACCGCGAGUUUAAGCGUUUCAUCAAAAAGCUGAUGGGAGAGGGCGCAUACAAUACCCUCUCCAGCAGCAAGAAAACCGCGUUGGUCGACGAGUUCAUCGCAAAGAAGGAGUGGUUUGAAGAUGUCGAAUAUCACAAUACUAUCGCCCUCCGGCUGCCGGCUGAUGUCUCGUGUCCGAGACAGAGGGGCGGGUUUCUCUCGAUUGAACGCGACCAGAUGAAAUCCUUCUUCGAGCCUUCUGUGAAGGAGACCUGCCAGCUAGUGGUGGACCAUGUUCACCAGUGCAACCAGAACGGCUUCCAAGUGAGCUUCGUAUUCCUAGUCGGCGGCUUCGGCACCUCGCCCUACCUCAAAGCGCGGCUCGCCAGCGUGCUCUACCAGCUGCAGCCCGGCUGCGAAAUCAUCACGCCACGGCACGCUGAACAAGCGGUCGUCCUCGGGUGUCUAUACACGCACCUGCAGCGGCUGCGCAAGGAAGAGGACCCCGUCAGCCAGCGACUGUGCCGCGCGAGCUUGGGUGUCGUCGCGCUCAAGGCGUUCAAUCCGGCGACACAUGCGCCCGAGGAGCGGUAUGUACAUCCGGUGACGGGGCAGGAGCUGGCGUUGAACCAGAUCAUGUGGUUGUGUAAAAAGGGCGACCCGAUUACCCACGGUGCGGUCAGCGAGAUCGAACGCGAGCUGGUGCGCUCCUUUGAGAAGGCCAUCACCGAGGAGUGGAUGGAGCAGCUGGUGUGCAGUGAUCACGACAUCGCGCCGAAGCGGAUGACAGCCGGUGUCCGCGAGAUCUGCGUCCUAACCUCAGACCUGCGGCGGUGCCCGCUGAGCGAGUUCGACAAGAAGAAGCGGUCGACGGGCGGGUGGUGCGGGAUGGGCCGGAAGUCGUAUUACGAGGCGCGAUAUACGGUAAAGUUGUUGCAGAGCACCGCGGACCUACGCUUCGAGAUGACAUUCAAGAAGAGAGUCAGGAGCGAUCUGCUCAAGGUUACGUGGGAUGAGUUGGGGGAUAAGAGAGGAUGAUACCGGCGGCCGGGAGUGGUAUAUGGAGGGGGAGGGGGGAAGGAGCGGGAUCGUCUUUUGUUUACUUGGAUUGUCUAUGCGCUCACUGGCUUGCUUGUAUAACGGUUGGAGUUUUGUAAUGUAAUGAAUAUGGUUAAUCAGAGGGUGUUACUGUACCCUACUUGGAAAUU